AUGGCUAUCCAAGUCCUUUUAGCAUCGACAGCCUUAAAAUCAGUCAGCGUUACUGGUCUAUGGUUAAUACCACUUCUGCUUGGGGCCUUCACGUAUCAUAAUUAUAACUCCUAUGACCCAGAAUCGAAGGUCCUAGAUAAAGAACCUAGGAGGGAGUACGAUUUCGUAGUAGUUGGCGGAGGCUCUGCUGGUGCAGUCGUUGCCAAUCGUCUUACAGAAGUCAAAGAUUGGAAUUUACUUUUAUUGGAAAGUGGGCCGGACGAGAACGAGAUCACUGAUGUUCCAUCUUUAGCCGCUUAUUUGCAACUAUCGAAGUUGGAUUGGCAAUACAAGACUGAGCCGACAUCUUAUGCUUGUUUGGGUUUUAAGAACAACAGGUGCAGCUGGCCGAGAGGAAAGGUUCUUGGCGGUUCCAGCGUUUUAAACUACAUGAUUUACGUAAGAGGUAAUAGAUACGACUACGACCAAUGGGAAUCAUUUGGCAAUCCAGGUUGGGGAUAUCGAGAUGUUCUUAAAUAUUUUAUUAAAUCUGAAGACAACAGGAACCCUUAUUUGGCUAAAAGUCAGUAUCACGGUCAAGGUGGUUAUUUGACUGUGCAGGAAGCCCCAUGGAAAACACCUCUGGUAGCAGCUUUCGUCGAAGCCGGGGUCGAAAUUGGAUAUGACAACAGAGAUAUAAAUGGAGCCAUCCAAACCGGGUUUAUGAUGGCCCAAGGGACUAUAAGACGUGGUUCUAGAUGCAGCACAGCUAAAGCAUUUUUAAGACCAGUGAGAACCCGUAGAAAUUUAGACAUUUCACUGAAUUCACAAGUUACUAAAAUACUCAUUAAUCCUUCGACAAUGAAAGCUUACGGUGUGGAAUAUGUAAAACAUGGUAUUAAAAAAGUUGUUUAUGCUAGAAAAGAAGUUAUAUUAUCGGCAGGAGCUAUUAACAGUCCACAGCUAUUAAUGCUUUCUGGUAUUGGACCAAAAGAUCACUUAGAAAGCGUUGGCAUAAAAGUACUAAAAGAUUUACCAGUAGGAGAAAAUUUACAAGAUCAUGUAGGAGUAGGAGGACUGACAUUUCUAGUCGAUAAACCAGUUAGUAUUGUCCAAAAUAGAUUUCAGGCAUUUCCUGUUACAAUGAAUUAUGUGUUAAAUGAAAGAGGACCUAUGACUACGUUAGGAGGACUUGAAGGUAUUGCUUUUGUAAAUACAAAAUAUGCCAAUAGCUCCGGAUUAUGGCCUGAUAUUCAAUUCCAUAUGGCUCCUGCAACAUUUUCUUCAGAUAACGGACAAACUGUGAAAAAAGUGUUAGGUCUGAAAGACGAAAUAUAUGACACUGUCUUUAAACCUAUAGCAAAUAAAGAUGGGUGGACCAUUAUGCCACUGUUGUUACGGCCUAAUACUAGAGGUUACGUUCGAUUAAAGAGUUCUAAUCCUUUUGAUUAUCCCAUAAUGAAUCCACGUUAUCAUGAAGAUCCUUUAGAUGUAAGUCGCCUUGUUGAAGGAAUAAAAAUUGCCUUAAAAGUUGCGAACGCUUCCCCAUUUAAGCAAUUUGGAUCAAGAUUAUAUAUGAAACCCUUACCAAAUUGUAAACAACACGUAUAUAUGUCCGAUCAAUAUAUUGAAUGUCAAGUUAGAUCAAUAAGUAUGACAAUAUAUCACCAAUCUGGGACAGCCAAAAUGGGACCAUCCUGGGAUAAGGAUGCUGUUGUUGACCCCAGAUUGAGGGUGUUUGGUAUUGAAGGAUUAAGAGUUAUAGACGCUAGCAUAAUGCCAACUAUCGUUAGUGGAAACACAAAUGCACCAGUAAUCAUGAUAGCAGAAAAAGGUUCUGACAUGAUAAAAGAAGAUUGGUUGAAUAGGUAG